AUGGACAGUAUAGUCGAGAUUUUAGAAAUAGAAAGUGAUAAAGAAAGGUUGUUGCUGCUCGCUUAUGGCCCACCUGUACCGGAAAAGGUAUUUGCUAUGCCUUAUCGAAGUGACAAUCUUAGUUUAUUACCACGGCUUUUUGCUUGCAGUACUAGCUCAUAA